UUGCGGUGCUGGUGGAGUGAUCCGGAGUACGCUGAGCUGAGCGGAUUAACAAGUGUUGGUAGAUUUUUCAAUUUAAAUGAACAUCUCUUUGUGAGUCGAUUCAUCAUUGUGACCAAUCUUUGGUGUACGACCUUCUUUCAAAAUCCCGGGUGUAAAGGCAAAGAAUGGACAAGGAGUCUUGAACCUCCAGAUCGACAGCACCACCUCCUUCGGUUUUGAAAUCUCAUGGUCGGUGAUAGGAGCCUGGGACUACUAUGUCAUUAGUGCCUCUUUAGAAUCUGUUGAGGAAGCCCCUGGAUAUCCUAAGAACUCCACCUCAACGUCUGCACAACUGAUCCAUCUGUACCCUGAUACAGCUUAUGAUAUUCAGGUACAACCUAAACUGAACAAUGGAGAAGAAGGCCAACUGGACACUACAUCGGGCACAACUGAUGUCUCCCACAUAGAGGUGAUGGUAAGGAGCGAAACCUUUAUCAGUGUUGCUUACACCUUGCCCGAGGACCAGCCAUCUUCCAAUCAGCAAAUAAGACUUGGUCAUUUCGGGAGUACAUUGCAGAUUUUUGGUAGUCAGCCAGCAAAUAAUAUUGGGAACAUCAUCUUCGAUUCAUUUCCCGCUGUCUCACCAGGAGAUCUACUGUACGCAUCAAAUGCUCCAUCAAGUGACCCGACCAACUACUUGAAUGAGAUCCACUUCAGAUAUCCUUCAAGUCCCCCCCAGAAUGUCAUGGUAAAUCCAUCUCCAGGCGAUGCUUUUGAAGUGACCUUCGACCUUCCAGCAACUGGUGGAAACUAUGAUGGAUUUAAGAUCCGUGUCAACGACGAAGUGCGGGAGACUCUGAUGGGCAGUGCCACGACGUCGGUGAUCAUCAACAGUUUGGCCCCAAAUACGCUGUAUACGUUCAAUGUGACGUCAUUUGUGGGUAUUGGUGGGGAUGAAGCAGAAAGCGAAAUUUUUACUGACACCAGAAUUCUAGGUUCGAGCAUGCCUGACAUUACUGUUCUCAACACGACGGAGUCCAGCAUUGCAUUAGGUCUCCAGCCUGGCCACGGUGUUCUAGAUGAGUACAUCAUCACCAUUCAAUGCAUGGACGCUACUCAAGACCACUGUGUUUGCGAAGAAGAACACAGAGUUCCAGGAAAUGCAAAGACCUUCGUCAUCGAUGACCUUCGACCCAACGUUGAGUACGGCAUCAGUGUUGUAGCAUGGGCUGGAUCAGAACUAGCUGAAACCAGUGAAGAAGUUACUCUGGAACAAAGGACUCUGUCGAUUCCUAAUAAUCGCUUCACGGUUUUGGACCAGACACCAGAUAGUGUCAUCUUGGCCUGGACAGUGAGUGGGCCGGCUAAUAUCACCAUGGAACGUUUGAUGCCCAGUGGUUAUGUCCUUAAUGCCACAUACGUGUACGACGGUUGCUUCAGCUCUAACGUGCUUGAGGUCAGUGGUCUGGAACCCGUCACAAUUUAUCGCUUCACCAUGCCGGACGAUGUUUCAAUUCUCAUCAGAACAGAUCCUCCUUCAAUUGAAAGUUGUUCCGUGGAGACCACGUCUUCAGGCUACACUUUUACUUGGUCAGCCUUAGCCCCUGGCAGUAACGAUGGCUACCAGGUGACCGUCACCGAUUCACAGGGUGGCCUCGUGCAAGAAGAGGCAGUUCCUCCCACAGACAACCCAGAAGUGGUUAAGAUAAGGGUCCCACCAGAAACCGAACUCACACUGGCAGUUAUUUCAAGGUUGGCAGCUGAUGACACAAACAACUUUCCUCAGCAGUUUGGGGCCGUGCCCUGUAUUCAAAACGCUGUCACUAAGUCACUGGUAGCUGGGGAAGUAUCUCCCACGAAUGUAACUGUCAAUGAGAUCCCCUUCGUUGUGGGUAACGCCAGUGCCCUGGAAGGAUUCGAGGCUUAUGCCUUUGCGGUAGAGCCACCUGGCCCUGUGAUCAGCUUCAACGAGGAUAGUCUGACAGGAGUCUACAGCAAUGUCAUCCCUGGACAGCUAUACACCAUCACCUCCACCAUUGUAGGCACAGACGUCACAUUCACCCUUAAGGAAAGAGCAAAACCGUUGCCACCUGUCGAUGGCAGCUCACCAUCUGCUGGUGUCACGUCUGUCCGUCUCCAAUGGGGAACACCAAGUGGCAUCGUCACCUUCUACAGGGUGACAAUAAACCCAACCCUCGACACGGAUCAGAACUUCAUCGAGGUUACGAACCUCCUGCCAGGCACGGACUACAAUGUGUCUAUUGUGGCUAUCAGUGGCACUGGGCUAUAUCAGCAAAUAAGCGAUCCGAUUGAGUUCCAGGUCAUAACUGAUAUUUUGACGACCGGGGAGCUCGUCUUUGUAGAUGUGACUUCUUCAUCUAUGACUGCCAUUUGGCCGGACAGUGGUUCACCGCCAUAUGAGCUAUUUAUCAUGAUAGGAACUGAGACAAACAUACUUUCUGCCCCGAGUCCCGAUGGCAACAUGCUCAUCGUAACAGAAGGUGUGAAGUCAUCACAGAUUUAUGUUUUCACUAUCUACGAUUCCACUUUUGCAUUUGUGGUGGCAAAUAAUUCUGUUCGAACAAAUCCUGAAACCCCACAGCCACCAAUCCUGACCAGCGUAGGACCUUUCAGUCUGUCCUUUGAGUGGGCCCCUACCAACACAACCUUCUCAUCCUACAGGAUGUACUAUGCCCCUUUUUCUUUCAGAAGAGAACUUGUAUCCACGAUUCCGAGUAACAGCUUGGACCUGACGUACAGCCAGGGGUGUCUGAGACCCAACACGGAGUACGUUUUUGAGGUAGAGACUGUUUUGGAUGCAGCUGACGGGUUUGGUGAACAGACAAGCGAUUCUGCACAGUCAAUCUCGAUCACAACAGGUCAAUACGACAACAACGAGCCCCACGUCUCCAGCACCAACAGCACCAACCUUCAGGUCAUCUGGCUACAUGCUGCCACCAACGGUCAGCAAGUGUGUCUGAAGGAACUCUGCAGCACCCUACGAGGUGACUUGCCCAUGUGUCUCCCAACCAACCAGACGUGCCCGCUGUUCUACACCUUCGAGGGGCUGGUACCUGGCAGGAGAUAUGUGGUCUUCGUAGAAUACAAUGACGGGACAAUGGAGGAUGUCAUUUUCACGCAAACAAAACCGAACCCUCCAGAGUCCCUCAGCGCUACUGCUCUUGGUUCCGAUGAGAUUAGAGUCCUCCUCUCCCCACCCCAGGGAGAGUUUGACGGUUACGAGCUCUCCUUCUCUCCUAAUUCCGCCGGUGGUCCCAUCUUGCUUGAACCAGACACGCGGGAGCAUCUCCUGUACAAUCUCCAAAGUUAUACUACUUACAACAUCCAGGUGUUUGCUUAUAGUGGAAGCAAUGGACAACUGCUAAAGGGUGAUGUGAUCUCAACAACAGCCACCACUGACAAAGAAAUUCUCAGUGCUACGAACAUCGAGACCAAUCAGAUCUUCGUCUUGUGGUCAACGGAAACAGAGAUGCUCGAUGUCGACUUCUUCCAGAUGUUCAGACUCUCGUACUCCUCGAUGGUGUCUGAUUCAAUCCUCAUCCCCAAAAAUGCCAUGUCUACCAGCAUUGGGUAUGGCCAUUCAGUCACAGACCUAGUGCCAGGAGAUCUUGUCACGUUUAACCUUGAGACUGUCACGUCAAGUGGCCAGGCUACUUUAGUAGACACCAUCGUCCGCCGAACAAAGCCUGAAAUGGUUGCAAUGUACCAAGUACAGACAGAUUCAUCAACUAGCAUCCGGCUGCUGUGGAGAGCGCCAUCUGUUGGCCUGUACCGGGGAUAUCUCGUAUCGUACUCGCCAGCCGACGGAGACCAGAGCUCGCCCAUAGAAUUAGGGCCGGAUGAAGAACAAUUGACCAUCACUGGACUUCAGUUUAACCAGAUGUAUAAUGUCAGUAUUAGGUCGAUCAUGGGGCAAGAAGGCACCUACGUUGAGAGUGAUCCAGCAUUUGAAAUGGUUACAACAGGCGAGGGCGAAGAAAACGAGGUCAAUAUCCGCGACCUUACUUCAACGUCUGUAUCCUUCACCUGGUGGGGGACUGGAUCGGUUGAAUCCCCCAUCGGACUCAUGCCCAUCGGAAGCUGCAUGGCGGAAGAACCACCUGAACAGGAAGUGACUUCUAGAGCGGCGACAUUUGAUGACCUUAUGCCUGGUGCCAGAUAUGCUAUUUCCGGCAUUGGUGGAGAUAAUGCAGAGUUUAUAGCAGUGCCUGACCAAGUAAGCAACAUCGUCGUGAAAUUCAUCAACUCUAGUGCGGUCACCUUUAGCUGGACGGCGCCCUCUGGCUGCUACGACCGGAUAGAGAUCAGUUACGCCCCAGACACCUGCACCAACCCGUCACCAAUUGUGCUCAAUCACGAUGAAGGCAAUGAGUACACUCUGACUCUUCUACAAGCCAACGAGGAAUAUCAGUUAUCCUUUGUUACUCUUCAAAUGACAGCCAGGAGCGAGCCCUAUGUAGCCAGCGUACGCACAACAUGCCCUGAAAAGGAGAAACUCAAUGUGGGCUCUGUACAGGCAGACAGCAUUUCCCUCACCUGGGGAAACACUACCCAGGCCACUGCAACCGGUUUCACACUUGUGGCCACGCCCGAAUCUUCCACCCCCAUCAUCAGGGAGCUGGAUCUGUCUGUGUUAGAAUACACAUUCGAUGGAUUGAUGAGUGGAGUGGAGUACACUGUAGUGCUCUAUGUGAACGGCACCGCAAUCACUGAUAGUGUUACACAGACUACGUGUCCAAGUGAAGCCCAGAAUGUGACUGUAAUCUUCUCUACCCAAACUUGCCUGACCUUCGCUUGGCUUCCACCAGAGGGGAACUUUCACAGCUAUGAGGUUUUUGUCAGACAUGGCAAUCCUCCAGUGUUUGUCUUAGAGCGGACUGUUUAUCCAGAUGAUGAUCUGAAUGUGUUGGUAGAGAACCUCGAUGCCAGCACACUCUACACCAUCGGUGUGGUCACCGUUGUUGACGGAUUUAAGGGGAUGCCCGCCCUCGCCAUUCAGCGAACAACUGAUAAUCUUGUGAUGACCUCAACCGUGGCUGGUGAUAGCCAGGCUGUGACAGUCUCUUGGCAGAGACCUGAUGGCGCUGACUACUUCAACCUGGUGUACAUUCCAGAUAACGGCGACAUGGCCAAUAGUGAUUUGACCAACCUCACUGACCUCUCGGUGACCAUCGGUAGCCUGACACCUGGCAAGAGAUAUGUCUUUAUUCUGUCUGUUCACGACAUGGAUGGACAAAGCGCUUUGCUGGCGCAGACUUCAUAUACUCUCAGACCAGAGAGGCCAUUAAUCCUUGACGUAAUGUCUUCUGUAACUAUUGCUGCAAUGGCCGUAACAGCACAGGAAGGAGUGUAUGAAACGUACAAGAUUAGUAUAAGUCCAUCAGGCAGAACUUUCCAGGGUGACCGGGCAGCAUUGAUCUUUCAGUACAUAUCAGGGCUUGAACCCGACACAGACUACAUAGCCACUGUUACUUUCAAGACCGGUGAUGAAGAAGCAGAAGCGGACUAUGAAUUUGAAACAAAUCCUCUAAGAAUGGAUCAACUUUAUUCAGAUGAGGUAACAACCGAUUCUAUUGGACUUGUCUGGGAAGUGAUUCCUGACACAGACACAUAUGCCAUUCAACUCGACGACAGGUUAUUCUUCACUCUUGAGACUUCAUAUGUACUGACUGGUUUAAAGGCUGGUACCGAGUAUUCCCCUACUCUUUUGGUCAGGAAGACGGGGAUGACUGAAUUAGAUAAUGUAGAUACUACCGCUAUUUAUACAUUACCAGAACCAGUCUUGUUCUUUGAAGUGAAGGAAAUUAUUGACAACAACGUCACUUUUGUUUGGAGUGGCCCAUCCUCAGACUUUGAGGGAUAUGGUCUGGCUAUCGCACCACCAAUCAACAGUUUCACUUCAUCUCUCGAUGAGAAGGAGAUUACCAUACAGGUCAACACAAAUAAAGAGUUCCUAGCCUCAAUCUACACCUAUGCCGGACCUUGGUCUAGUGAGCCUUCAACACUGAAUGUCAUCAUAGACCCAAGGGAACCUGGGACUAUUGACGUGGAAGAUUUGACCUCGACAUCCAUCUCAAUCACGUGGAUCGAGAUAGCAGGAAUCACUGACUACAUUGUCAACCUCACCCUGGCAAGCAACAACACCGAGCUGUUCUCAGGAGUCAUCAGAAGUUCCCGCAAGGCCAGCUUCUCAGGACUUAUGCCGGGAGAGGAGUACAUCAUCAAAAUUGGGUUGCAGUGCGCUGGAGAAGUUCUCUCUCUUCGACAGUUCACAUUACCUCUUGAGCCGGUGUGCGUCGUCUUUACUUGGGUCACCGAAGACUCUGUCACCCUGCAGUGGUCUCGACCUGAAAGCCAGCUCUUCGGUUACGAGAUCAUGUACGACGAUGGCAGUGGUCCGUACAGUCCUAUUAAUGUGUUCGACAGGAACUCUUUGCAGUUGGAGAGAACGAUCAUGGGUUUGAUGGACGGAUCAGGUGUUGAGGUGAAUAUCACCACGCUCGCUGGUACAGGAAUAGCCCAGACCAGAAGCAACUCCGUCAAGAUCAGUCCAAACCCAAGGGAACCUGGGACUAUUAACGUGGAAGAGGUGACCUCGACAUCCAUCUCAAUCACGUGGACCGAGAUUGCAGGAAUCACCGACUACAUUGUCAACCUCAACCUGGCAAGCAACAACACUGAGCUGUUCUCAGGAGUCAUCAGAAAUUCCCUCAAGGCCAGCUUCUCAGGACUGAUGCCGGGAGAGGAGUACAUCAUCGAGAUUGAGUUGCAGUGUGCCGGAGAAGUUCUCUCUCUUCGACAGUUUACAUUACCUCUAGCGCCAGUGCGUGUCGUCUUUACUUGGGUCACUAUAGACUCUGUCACCCUGCAGUGGUCUCGACCUGAAAGCAAGCUCGUCGGUUACGAGAUCAUGUACGACGACGGCAGUGGUCCGUACAGUCCUAUCAAUGUGUUCGACAGGAUCUCUUUGCAGCUGGAGAGAACGAUCAUGGGUUUGAUGGACGGACCAGGUGUUGAGGUGAACAUCACCACGCUCGCUGGUGCAGGAAUGGCCCAGACCAGAAGCAACUCCGUCAAGAUCAGUCCAAUUCCCACAACAACCUCUUCACCUACUGUUUCUUCUCCACCAAAAUCAACUUCUGCUGGAGGUCCUUCAAUUUCCAUAGUGGUAGGAAGCGCUGUUGGUGCUAUUCUUGUGAUUGUUGUCGUUAUAGUUCUCAUCAUCAUCCUUUACAAGCGAAGAAGCAAUGAAUCAGCGACUUCUAAGUCUGAAGGGAGGGAGUCCGAAUCGUCUCCGCAGUAUGAGAACCCUGUAUUUGAUCAGUCACAGACAGACCCCCAUACCUACCAAGACUUGAAUACUAUCACCCAUACCUACCAAGAUUGUAAUAACGAUGAUCAGAGCUACGAUGAUACUGUCGACCCUCAUACCUACCAUAAACCUGAUCAAGAAGAUAACUACGAAGAAGUGAAUGAUGCCAAAGAGAAAAAUUAUGUCAACGAUACUAUGAUAAAACAAAAUAAAGAAUUAUUGGGCUGAUUAAGAAUUGAAUACAUGAGAAGAGGAUAGAUCCAAGUCCAUCAUAAUAAUUUGGUUUAAAAAAAAGGUUUUUAUAAUUUUGAAAGGGCAAAAUAUUUCCAGUCUUUAUUCAUUACAUAAUAUAUGUCCGUGUAUCAAUUAUUCCGUGAAGAUGAAAGCAUGUUUUACAAAUUAUAAUAAAAUAUUAACAUUUAUCUUAAAAACUGGAGAGAAAAAAAUCUAUGCUGAUGGACUUGGGCGCUUCCUCUCGUAUAUCCAAAUAGAAUACAAAUAUCCUCUUCAUUGAAAUUUGUUUUCUAUUGUUAUUUUCUGAAUAAUGUGAUUGAUGUAUAAGGACGAAAAGUUAUCAAAAUAUAUCAUGGCUUAUUUUCAUCCUGUGCUCCUUCUUCGUUUUCACAAUGUCUACUCGAGUUAUUCCCAAAUACCUUGAUAUCAACGAUCAGUAGAAAGAUUCCCUUUGAAAUACCAUGGUUAGCAGAAGUCUGAUAAAUUCGGGUAAAUAAAGUUGAAGACCUUAGGUCCCACCAAAACGUGAAAAUCAGGGUAUGAGACUAAUUCUUUAAAUGGAUUCAUUAUACUGAUCUUCUGUCAUUGAAGCACUGUCAGUUUCUGAAUAAUUUGAUUGAUGUAUUU